UUUCUAAAAGAUCCAUUCGGUUGAUUUGAUUUGUUUAUCGAAAUCAUAAGCCCAAAAAUUUUCCAGAUCCAGAAUAUUCUAGCGGAUUUGGUUCGCGUCUCCAUCGUCCGGUUUCCGUCAAUCUCUCAACGGGUAUGAAUAACCCGCCCGUUUUACGAGCUGAAUACUGAGGUCUGAGAGCAGCCAACAUAAUUCUAGAAGUCUCUCUUAUCAACUCGUAAAACCCAUUUUCAAACCAAAAUUCAUUGAUUCUAGGGUUUUAUUUUAUCUUCUGGACUCUCCUUGAUCUAUCUUCAUUUCCAAUUUUAUCGCAUAAUAGCACUCUACUGUUACUCCCUGUAAUCUAAGGUUCCAGAAAUGGCCGCAGCUCAGCUCGGAGCGUCCUCAGUUUCGGUUUCAGUCAGGAGCUUGUCUUUUGAAGGGUUGAGACCUUCUACUGUCAAGCUUGCAAAUUUUGGUACUCUGAAGGCAGGUGGUGUAUCCCAACGGUCUCUCCGGGGCUUGGUUGUGAAAGCUGCUACUGUGGUCUCCCCCAAGUACACGUCGAUUAAGCCUUUGGGUGAUAGAGUGCUGGUGAAGGUUAAGGUUGCAGAGGAGAAGACUGAUGGUGGAAUUUUACUUCCAACCUCUGCUCAAAAUAAGCCUCAAGGAGGUGAGGUGGUGGCUGUUGGAGAGGGGAAGACAGUUGGGAAGACCAAAGUGGACAUUUCUAUCAAGACUGGCACCCAGGUUGUUUAUUCCAAGUAUGCAGGAACUGAGGUGGAGUUCAACGGUUCAAGUCAUCUUAUAUUGAAGGAAGAUGAUAUCGUUGGUGUACUUGAGACGGAUGAUAUCAAGGAUCUCAAGCCUUUGAAUGAUAGAGUAUUCAUAAAGGUAGCUGAGGCUGAGGAGAAGACUGCUGGAGGCUUGUUGCUGACAGAGGCAGCCAAAGAGAAACCUUCAAUUGGCACUAUAGUAGCAGUUGGACCUGGACCUCUUGAUGAGGAAGGCAACAGGAAACCUCUGUCCUUAUCCCCGGGGAACACAGUUUUGUAUUCAAAGUAUGCAGGGAAUGACUUCAAGGGAAAUGAUGGUAGCAUCUACAUUGCACUAAGGGCUUCCGAUGUGAUGGCAGUUCUCUCUUAGUCUGUCUUUUUCGUGUGUUUCAUGUAUCACGGAAUUUUGUGGUGGAGUUACCUCAGGCACGUUGAGUAUAAAUGAAGUCUUUGAAUAUAAAUUGACUGCUGCUUCACUCUUCCAA